GUGCUAUUUUGGUGAGAAGGUGGCCCUGUACUUCGCCUGGCUGGGCUGGUACACCCGCCUGCUGGGCAUCGCUGCGCUGGCUGGGCUGCUGGAUUUCAGCUCCAGCCAGGUGAGCAAGGAGAUCUGUGAAGCCAACGACACCAUCAUGUGCCCGCUCUGUGACCAGAAGUGCCCGUUCUGGCUCCUCUCUGACACCUGCACCUACGCCAAGGUCACUCACAUGAUCGACAACGCGGGGACGGUUCUGCUCGCCAUGUUCAUGGCAAUCUGGGCCACCGUGUUCCUGGAGCUCUGGAAGAGGCAGAGAGCCACCGUGGUCACCGACUGGGACCUGUACGGCUGGGAUGAGGAAAAGGAGGAGCUGGCACUGGAGCUGAUCAAUAACUUGCAGUAUGAGCCCCGGAAGUACCAGCACUCCUACCUGCGCAGCACCGUCGUCCUCCUCCUGGCUCUGCUGAUGAUCGCCCUGCUCAUCGGCAUCGCCCACGCGCUCGUCGUCUACCGGGUGGUGGCCACGGCUCUGUUCAGCCAGAGCGAGCUGGAGCUGCUGCGGGAGCAGGCCAACACCGUGGCCGUGGUGACGGGGGCCGUGCUGCACUACGUCACCAUCGUCAUCAUGACCAAGGUCAACAAGCGGGUGGCACUCUUCCUCUGUGAGCUGGAGAAACCACGGACCUUCUCCCAGCACGAGAACAACUUCAUCGUGAAGAUCUUCACCUUCCAGUUCUUCACUCACUUCUCUUCACUCAUCUACAUCGCCUUUUUUCUGGGACGGAUCAACGGCCACCCAGGGAACUACGUGCGCAUCGCUGGCAAGUGGAGGCUGGAGGAGGUGAGGGACUUGCCACGAAGCUCUCUGACCUUACACCUCAACUCCUGCUCCUCCUUCACCACUGCCCAGAGACGGUGGCUGAGGAACUACCAGCUCAACACGGUCAACAUCUUCAGCUUGUUCAACGAGUUCUUGGAGAUGGUGAUCCAGUACAGCUUCACCACCAUCUUCGUCGCUGCCUUUCCCCUCGCCCCGCUGCUGGCCUUCUUCAACAACAUCUUCGAGAUCCACCUGGAUGCCAUCAAGAUGACGCGGCUGCACCGGCGCAUGGUGCCCAGGAAGGCCAACGACAUCG